AUGACGAAUCGUACAUCAUUGAACGGACGGUGUCCGGUACCAUUCCUUCAGGAAGAUCUCUUCCCCCCCACUGGUGGAUUCAUCGGAGGUCGUUAUUGUCAACCUGUAGGCGAUAUUUCGUGCUGUUUACCCUGUCCGAUAGUAUCAUGGACGUACGGUGAUGGGUUGUUCGGGAAGGCGAGCUCUGCCAGCUGGAUCAGUGUUGCUAUCUUGCCGCUCUGUAUCUUCCUGCUUGUGUCGUACGCAGUGCUCCCGGUCAAAUUUACGCAUCGCCACUACCUCAGCGUCUGCUUCACAUUGGGUAUCUGUUUCAUGGAGGCAAGUAAAAUUGCGUUCAUUAUCCCUCUAGGGGUAAAACCAGAUCAAUGCUAUAACCAGAUCACCCCCAACGAUAUGCAUUCUAGUCUCUCCUGCGCUUUUACAGGCUCCCUUCUUCUUCUCGGAGGCUGGAUGGUGGUAGUAUGGAGUUUUCUCCGUACGGUGGCCUUCCAUCUUCAGGUAUGCUGGGAAGUCAUACUGGGUCCGAAAUUCAUGUGGGGAGCGUUGAUCUUCGGUUGGGUCGUCCCGGCUGUCGGCCUCACGGUGAUGCUGAUCUUGACGGGCGUAUCUUUUCGAUUCGGCACCGUUUGUCAUAUCAACAUCGAUGGUGCCCUGCAGGAUUAUUGGAUUCCCAUCAUCUCGUUCGCGGUUGCCGCACUGAUCCUCCAACUGGCGACAAUGGCGUACUGCAUCCACGUCUACGUCAAGUCUUUGUUCGACACCGAUUCGACGACAAACAGCUCGGGAUUGCCGUCCUACUCUGCCAGCGUCCGCACCGUGUCCGCUCGUCAAGCAUACCGUCGCAUCCGCAGAGUCCUCCAAUUACAGUGGCGAGGCGUAACUCUGGUCUUGAUCAUCAUCGCGAAUGUGAUUUUCUUCUCCGUGACCUUCAUCGAGCUCGACAGCUCCCUCAAACCGACCGCGGAGAAUAUGGAAAAGGCGCUUCCAUGGGUUGCAUGUCUGGCAGCCACCAAUGGUGACCGAGAAAAAUGCGACCCCGAGGCGGCAAAGUUCCGGCCUAGCGAAGGGUUACUCCUCGCCGUCCUGGUUCUCCUUUCCCUGGUCGGAUUCUGGAACUUCAUCCUCUUUGCCCGCCCCUCGAUCUUCCACGGCUGGGUCGACUUCUUCCAGAACAAGUUUGGCACGGGCGACGGCCGUCUCGAGUUCGUGUCGGCUGAUGCCCGCACGCGGCUGGGCGACACGCGGUCCUACGAGAUGCUCAACAGCACGGGCCUCCCCUCCUACAAAUCGCCAUCGCCCAUGGUCCGAUCGCCAAGUCCUGCGCGCAUGGGGGGCACGAAGAGUCCCGAGAAUGGCCACUUUGGGCGAGACGCCAGGUAUGUGCGGCCGUCCAUGAGUUUCUCCAGCCCGCGGCCGCCCAGCGCAUCACAAGGGCGCGGCUGGGAUCCCAAGACAACGUUUGCCCCGGCUGUCUAUCGGGAAUAUGAUGACUAG